AUGGGUGAAUUGAAAGAAACCGAGGUUUACGAGGAAGAGCUCAUCGACUACGAAGAGGAGGAUGAAAAAGCUCUUGAUUCUGCUAAACCUACUACCGAAACCGUCAAGAAGGGCUACGUUGGGAUCCAUAGUUCGGGAUUUCGAGACUUCCUGUUGAAACCAGAGCUUCUUCGAGCCAUUGUAGAUUCAGGAUUUGAGCAUCCUUCAGAAGUGCAACAUGAAUGCAUCCCUCAAGCAAUUUUGGGAAUGGAUGUCAUCUGCCAAGCAAAAUCUGGCAUGGGAAAGACUGCUGUUUUUGUUCUAUCAACACUUCAGCAAAUUGAUCCUGUUCCUGGUCAGGUUGCAGCACUUGUUCUUUGCCACACAAGAGAAUUAGCUUACCAGAUUUGCCACGAAGUGGAGAGGUUCAGCACAUAUCUUUCAGAUAUCAAAGUUGCUGUUUUCUAUGGUGGUGUUAACAUCAAGGUUCACAAAGAAUUGCUCAAGAACGAAUGUCCCCACAUUGUUGUUGGAACACCUGGGAGGAUUCUUGCCCUGACUAGAGAUAAAGACCUUGGUUUGAAGAAUGUGAGGCAUUUUAUACUUGAUGAGUGUGACAAGAUGCUGGAAUCACUCGACAUGAGAAGAGACGUUCAAGAGAUUUUCAAAUUGACUCCCCAUGAUAAACAAGUGAUGAUGUUUUCAGCUACACUCAGCAAAGAGAUUCGACCUGUUUGCAAGAAGUUUAUGCAAGAUCCCAUGGAAAUUUAUGUAGAUGAUGAGGCCAAGUUGACUCUUCAUGGUCUUGUUCAGCACUACAUUAAAUUACAAGAGCCAGAGAAGAAUCGUAAGCUGAAUGACCUUCUUGAUGCCCUUGACUUCAACCAAGUUGUUAUUUUUGUUAAAAGUGUUAGCAGAGCCGCAGAAUUGAACAAGUUGCUUGUUGAGUGUAACUUCCCAUCAAUAUGCAUACAUUCUGGAAUGUCGCAGGAAGAAAGAUUGAAGCGAUACAAGGGCUUCAAAGAGGGGAAGCAAAGGAUUCUUGUGGCAACAGAUUUAGUAGGAAGGGGGAUUGAUAUAGAACGUGUUAAUAUAGUCAUCAACUAUGACAUGCCUGAUUCGGCUGAUACCUAUCUUCACAGGGUGGGAAGAGCUGGUAGAUUUGGUACCAAGGGGCUUGCAAUUACCUUUGUGUCUUCUGCUGGUGACUCUGAAGUUCUUAAUCAAGUGCAAUCUAGGUUUGAGGUUGAUAUAAAGGAGCUUCCUGAACAAAUUGACACCUCCACAUACAUGCCUAAUUGA